AUGUCCGCGACUCCCAGCAGCUCCCGCCGCUCGCGCCCAACGCUUCGUCAGGCGACAUUUGUUCUCCCAAAAACAGGCCAGCGCCUGAAAGGCCUCGUGAACCUCCGAAAUUCCACACCGGUCUCCGACGAAAAUGAGGAAAGGCGCGGGCUCCUCACAAACGAAAUCCAACAUUAUGAGGGCUACCUCGACGUGCUCACGCGCCGUAUUCAUGAAAAAUGGACGCAGAUAAAUCAGUUCAUCAGGUCGGAACCGGGCAUUGGAGUCUUGAAGUACAGUCUUGCGUACUCGGUCGGAUCUCUUGCAACAUUUAUCCCCGCGGUCUCAGCCUUGCUGGGCCACCAGGAUGGGAAGCACAUGGUGGCUACGGUCACGGUCUACUUCCACCCUGCCAGAUCUCAGGGAGCGAUGUUCAAGGCCUUGAUCUGCGCGUUCCUGGCGUUCUGUUAUUCUACCUUCUUGACCAUUACCAGUAUGUUCGUGGAAAUGUUUUUCCAGGACACAUUGGAAUUGCCUGCCCUUGGCCAUGCGGUGGUUCUGAUAGUAUUUUGUGGCGGUGGGCUUGGCUUUGUUGGGUGGACCAAGCAACGACUGGGAGAUCCUCUGGUGAACGUUGCCUGUUCACUCACUGCUCUGUCAACAAUCACCGUCUUGACUAAGGAGGGUGCUGUGCAAAGCGGCGACUUGUCUCUUGCCAAAACCUUCCAAGUCUUGAAGAUGGUCGUGAUGGGUGUGGUGGCCGUCAUUAUUAUAUCCUUUUGCGUCUUCCCCAUAUCAGCGCGUAAGAAGCUACGCGCGAACCUCGUCACGGUCACUGAUUCAUUGGCUCUAAUGAUGGCACUUAUCACGGAAAGUUUCUUGAGCGGCAGCGAAGAGGUCCUUGUCUCGGCCGAAUUCGUUGACGCAGAGGCGAGGCACCGCAAGGCCUAUAGCCAGCUCGACAGGCUCGUUCGAGAAGCUAAGCUUGAGCACUAUGUGGCAGGCACCGAAAAAGAGUACAGGCUCGAAAAGAAUCUCGUCCGCUGGGUGCAAGAUAUCACCCACAACAUGGGAGGGCUGCGUAAUGCAGCUUCUCUCCAGUUCAGUUUGAUUCGUGAGACCAUUGCCCGUGAGUCUGCCUCCACGGAAGAUCAGCAGGGUACCGCGACUCAUGUGGACUAUUUCACGCCGCUCGAGCGAUCCUGGUCGUUCCCAGAUGGGUCCUUUCUAGAGCCUAUCGUUGAGCGACCAGAGGAAGAAGUAUCACCGGACGGUUCCGACGACCUUGGAAGUGCUGAAUCAACACCCAGACCCGCACUUCUUCCAGCAGAUGUCUUCACUAUAUUCAUCUCUCAUCUGGGCCCUGCAAUGCGAUCGUUGGCAUUUACAUUGAAAGAGAUCUUCAAGGAGAUUCCAUUUGGGCCAGCACCGAACUACAGAGUCUCCGUGAAUGGUCGUCUGCGAAUCAGUCUUGACCGGGCGCUUGAUCUUUACAAAGAAUCGCGCGAGAAGACACUAGCGGCCUUGUAUCAACAACAGGAAACCAUGAAAUUGAAGACCCGCGAGGCUGAAGCCGAUCUUGAGGAAGUCUCAGCCAGCUGUGGCCAUUUCAGCUUUUCCCUCCUCGAAUUCGGAGAGCAGCUCCGAGAGAUGCUUUCCAUUUUAGAUGAGCUGCAGUUGGAAGUCGAAGAGCGGCCUAAUGGGCGAACCUGGUCAUGGCUCAAAGUCUGGCAGUGGUCAAGAAAUACGGAGGCAGCUAAAAUAGCUUCCUCUGAUGACGAAGCAGCUUCCAGAUCCAAUCCACCCGCUACUGGGCAGGCCCUCGAUGGGCAUGCUAGACAUGCAUCAGACGGCUUGAUUGCACAUAAUACACUCCCUGACAAUAUUCAGACACAAAAAGGCCCUUCGGCAAAGGAAACAACAAAGCAAAGACUCGGUUACCGUCUAUGGAAAUGCCUUGGGGUUUUCCGACGAGAUGAUACGAAAUACGCGAUCAAGGUUGGAGCAGGAGCUGCAAUUUACGCCCUGCCUGCUUUCCUUCCUUCAACCCGCCCGUUCUAUGGGCGUUGGCGGGGAGAAUGGGGUCUGUUGUCCUACAUGCUGGUUUGCUCAAUGACAAUCGGGGCCUCGAACACGACGGGGUAUGCCCGGUUUCUCGGUACUUGUCUGGGGGCAGUCGCUGCUAUCCUAGCAUGGAACAUCACCGCUGGAAAUGUAUUUGCUCUUGCAUUCUUGGGAUGGAUAAUGGCGCUUUGGACGGGAUACAUCACUAUUGUUCGUGGGAAUGGUCCCAUGGGCCGGUUCAUCAUGCUCACUUACAACCUGUCUGUGCUAUACGGCUAUUCCCUUUCUCAGAAGGGGGCGAAUUUCGACGAAGACGAAGGCGGCUCUAAUCCAAUCAUGACCGAAAUUGCACUCCAUCGAGUUGUUGCUGUGUUGUCUGGAUGCAUUUGGGGAAUCAUCAUCACUCGAAUGAUUUGGCCCAUCAGCGCAAGACGUAAGCUCAAGGAUAGCCUGAGUCUUCUCUGGCUGCACCUGAGCCUUGUCUGGAAACGCGAUCCCUUAUCCAUCAUGGCUAAAGGUCAAAAGUCUGUUUUAUACAUGUCACCUCGAGAGAAGCUUGAGAUUGAAAGAUUUUUGUCUCGGUUGGAGUCUCUUCAGGCUGCAGCAGGCUCCGAAUUUGAACUGAAGAGUGCAUUCCCGAAGCCUCAUAUGCCAACAUUGUUCGCCAAUGAUGUGGCCACUGAAGGCGAAAUCAGCCUUCUUCAAUACACAAAAUUAGAACGGCAGCAGUUAUCUGCUCGCGUGAGCCAUCUAUUAUCAGUGAUUGCUUCGUCAAUGAAGCUCGAGUACCCUUUGAGUGAUGUGCUACCUAGCAUUGAGCAUGCCAGAGACCGAUUGCUUGCCCGCAUCUAUCGCUAUCGCCUGGAUCGUGAAGCAUCUCAACAGACUACAGAUGAGGAUUGUGCUUUGCUUUAUGCCUACAUCUUGGUGACGGGCCAAUUAUCGAAUGAGAUUACGGAGAUCAUUGCGGAGAUUGGACAACUCUUUGGGGUAUUAAGUGAAGACGUAGUGCAGCUAGUUUGA